AUGAGCUCUUUGCGUCCGCCUCCUCCCCCGCUGAAAUCGCGAUUCAAAGUACACGUCAUUCCCUCGCAUGAUUCUUCGCAUCCACGCACCGUCUAUGACCAUGCCCGCACCGAGAAAGAAGCCCGUGGUGUCGCAUACGCCCGGGCAAAGCGCGCCCUGGCCCGCGAUAGCAUCGUCAUUCUUGAUGGGAUGAACUACAUCAAGGGCUGGCGGUAUCAGCUGUGGUGUGAGGCUAAGGCUGCCGGUACCACCUGCUGUGUGGUCCACGUCGGCACUCCCGUCGACCAGUGCGUCGCGAACAACGACGCUCGACUACGACAGACUGCGCCGCAACCACAUCUGAAUGAUAAACCUACCACUACCGCAGAAGACGCAUCAGACGAAGACGACGAAAAGCCUUACCCCUCGGACCUGCUCAACAACCUAAUCUUUCGCUACGAAGAGCCCAGCACACAUAGCCGAUGGGACAAGCCACUCUUCACAGUACUAUGGUCAGACCCCGAGCCACCGGUGGCAGAUAUCUUCCACGCUCUCACGGGAGUGCUGCUGCCCUCGGCGCAAACAGAAGCGGAUGAGUCGCAAACGGCAAAUCUGGCAGAAACGCUAGCCUCAUCGACCAUCUCCGACACCGCGAGUAUAGCAACGGGAACAAGGACACUCGGGCGCGGUGGGGGCAUUUCGACACGACAUAAGAUCGUCCCGCAUCAAGCAACGGUGCAAGCAGCAGCGACGGACCCCCGCGCGCUGUACGCAAUGGAGAAGCAGACCUCGGGUAUUGUGGCCGCCCUUCGCGCGUUCACGCAGUCGCAACCGUCCGCCGAGGCAGCCUUGGCGCAGAGCUUGCACAACAAAGGAAUCACCAUUGCUGUACCCGAUGCGUCCAUCCCCGUCUUCAUUCCGGCCCACGUCGCCACGGCCGGUACCACUGAUGAAUUGGCUGGCGCGGGAGGUAUCUUGACCCUUCCACGGCUGCAGCGCCUGCGUAGGCAGUGGAUCAGCUUAAACCGCGCUUACAUUGGUCAUGGCCAUGGCGCAGGGCAAGGUGGCCUGACGGCGGACCAGAUUGGGGAUGCGUUUGUGCGCUUCCUCAAUGCAGAUCUGAGCGGCGAAGCCAACGAUGAUCUAACUGCUUAG